AACAAAAUAACUAAGUCCAUCGUAUUUAGAUUUAGACUCUAGAAUACUCUAGAUCUAGUCUAGUGUACUAUGUUAAGUCUUGGAUCUAGACUCUAAAUACUAUACUAUUAUUAUUAUAUUUAUUAUAUAUAUAGAUCUAGUUGAAAAAACUGGAACAUUUUCAUGAUGCUCUUCCUUACUCUUGGCAACAUUGUGCUGUGUACAGUUCAGUGGCUUAGUGGAUUAUUUCGUCAACGACAGUAUGGUCUAGCCAUGAACAGAAUUCUGCGCACUUCCAGCUUUUUCAUUAACAGAGCUAAAAAAUCUCUAUCUGAGAGUGUUAGAAGACCAUCUUUGUUUCCACUUGGAUCUAGUAGCAAUGAGAAAUUGGAGUAUGAAGAUGAUUAUAUAAAAAUUUCUAGUGCAGAUGUAAUGUAUGAGAUAGACCUCAGCACCUGGACAUCCUAUACAUCCUAUUUAGAAAGUCACACCAAGCUUCCUGGCCCAGAAGAAAACAUCUACAUCAUGCUAGAAGCUAAAAGACCUAGGGAUGUGGAAAAGUUUGCUGAUAAAGCUCUGGCAGUUCCUCCAGCACACAGAGUCAAUGUUUUAAAACAUGGAUGUCCAGUUGCAUGGAAAAGUGCAGAGCCAUUUGGAAUCAUUUUACAGUGCAGUUUUGGUGGACUUGUGAUAUUGACAGAUGCCUUUGGUCAAGGCCAUCUUUCAUUGGAUGAAGAUUUACAGCUCAUUAGAAUCAUUAGUGUAAAAACAAAAGGGACACCACAAAAACUUGUUCCUCUUGAAGAUAAUUAUCCAAUGUACAAGUCUGAAGAAGAUUUGCAAAAUUCCUGCAUCCAAGAUGAGUUAACUCCAAACACUAACUUACUUCAACAUUCCAGCAAUACAGAGGAGACAACUCCAAUCAUUUCCAAUAAGUAUUCACAAAGAAACAAUGAGCAUUCUUCAGAUGCUGUUCAAAGUUUUUCUAAAUCAUCUGUGGAUCAAGACGUGAAUGCUAAAGAGCCCUCUGCUACUAGCAACAAUGAGACUCAACCAUUUAUCAAAAAGCCUACCAAACCACCUAAUAUUCUUGUCUACUGUGGGAUUAAGGAUACAGCGAGAAUUUUCGCAAACAUCAAAUCAAGUUUAGAGAUGGUAAUAAACACUGAGGCAUACACCAUCUACCAUCUGACACAUGAGGCUCUGCUCUCUGCACCUUGGACCAGCAAUGCAGCCUUGCUCAUAGUGUCGUCCUGCCCACAGUUGAGCACAGAUGAGGAAAACAAAAUACAGGACUACAUCCAUCUUCACUGCGGCCGGCUGCUAAGUUUCAACUGUAGCAUUGACUCUAAAUUUUCAAACAAAUCUGUUGAUACAGACACAAGAAAGAACACCCUGAUUCAGUUUAAAUACGGAAAUAGCGUUGUCACAACUUUUAGGGGACCCUAUUAUUACACUGCAGAUAAUGAAUAUGCAGAAGUUAUUGUCCCAUUGGAUCAAGGUUCAAGAGCAGAUGAGAAAAAUAUGAAUCAUGACCAGAAUAAGAAAUGUUUGGUUCUUAAGACUUGUGGGAAUGGAUCUGGGGUUGUGGUUCUCUCACAGCUUCUGCUUGAGAGGGAUCCUGCUGACUAUGCUACAGACUCUGAAUCAUUUGCUCGUCUGAAACAAGCCAAUGCUGACAGACUGGAAGUUUUUCGUGACCUCCUAACAUCUUUGGGCAUCGACACCAGUCCAGGCAAUAUACCAGCACUCACUCCUUGUCUUCUGCUGGUACGGAGAGUGGGAUUGAAAGAAAGUUUUCUUAAUUCUAUCAAACAUCGGCUCAGAGAUGAGGUUUUAAAGUCAAAGAACAUUAGCCUCAAGUUUGUGGACAAUUAUGGACAGGAAACCACACCAUCCCUGCUCCCUGUAAUCACAUCUGUGCACUGUGAUAUCCAGACUCAGUUCUUUAGGCUGUCUGAGUACUGGCAGAACUUGAAGACAUCCACGUUAGGUCAAGUUGUCUUCUAUACAGACGUCAUCCCAACCACCAUGACUGUGUUUGAUGGUUUAAUUUUCUCUGUUCCUGAAAACAUUGGAGUUAUAGCUAUUGCUGGGCGCCAGACCAAAGGAAAAGGUAGGGGAGGCAAUGCAUGGCUGAGUCCCUUAGGCUGUGCUAUGUUCACCCUUCCAAUCCAGUUAAGUGUUGGCACCAAGCUCGCUCAAAGAGUUUCUUUCUUACAACACAUGGUGUCUUUGGCAGUGGUGCAGAGUGUUGUGACAUUGCCUGGCUAUGAGGAACUAGAUCUCAGAUUAAAGUGGCCUAAUGACAUUUAUUAUGGUAAAGAAAUGAAACUUGGUGGUGUUUUAGUGACCUCUACCAUUAUGGAUACUAUAAUAUAUGCGUCCAUUGGUUGUGGCUUUAAUGUGUCUAAUAGUAAUCCCACUGUUUGUAUCAAUGAUGUCAUUCGACUGUACAACACUUCAUACCCUGACCUGCCUGACCUUCCACCCCUAAGCACUGGCCAGCUAAUUGCAAGGACUCUCACUAUACUAGAAAGUCUUAUUGAGGAGUUCAAUAGGUCAGGCCAUUUACAAUUCUGCCAGCAGUACUAUAGGUGUUGGCUGCAUAGUGGUGCUAAAGUGACUGUUCAGCUUGACCAACCUACUCAAGGUGAAAUAAUUGGACUUGAUGAGCAUGGCUUCUUGUCCAUCCAGACGCCAGACCAGAAGUUACUGAGUGUUCAGCCAGAUGGAAACUCCUUCGACAUGAUGCACAACCUGAUCUAUGUCAAGUCCACAUAACUAGUUACAGUUACCAAAUAGACUGACAGCCUUGUUCUGUCAUGACAUCAUAAGAACUACAGCCGUUCCUUCAACAUCUCUCAUUGAGUUGACUUGUUUCCAUGUAAUGCUGUGCUGGUGCUCCAAAUGAGAGAAGUUAUAUUGAGUGUAAAAAGCAACUCAAAGACUAGGAAGCAUUGUUCUGAAAGAUUGAAAGGAAUCAAGACUUGAGACAAGAUGGCCGGUGUACACAAGAAGUCAUUAUUUUUUGUCUAUUAACUCAUAACCAUGAAACGAAAUACAAUCUGUUUUUAUGCAAUGUAUUUAAAAGCAUUGAUUUCAAAAUACUAUCUUGAUUUAAGCUAUUUUCAUUUAGUGAAUCAUGUGUUUACUAAAUUUAAAAUAUUUGAUGAAUGCUAUUGAUCAGUGAUUUCUUUUUUGGAAUGUCUGUUCACAUUUACUUGUUGAAUUCAAUAUAGUAAGAGUGAACAAAAUCAACAACAAAAAGUUGUGCUUAUUGGCUAUACAAAGGAACAGGUCCCUCCCUCCCCCCUUUUUAUGGGUGCAGAAGAUGUAAAGCUCAUCUGUUUCUGAACCAAUGGUUCUAUAGCUCAAAUCUUGAUGAAGACUGGUAUUUUGAACUUUGGGAUUUAUGUCAAUUUCAGUGUCUCUUUAUCUUAUAUAUUACAGUUUUACUUAAAAAAAAAAGAAGAUAAUUAUGUUCUUAGUCUCACUUUCACCCUUUCCUUCUUCAAUGUUUGUUCACUUGUCCUAAUAGCCCAAUAAGUGGCUGAGUUGAACAUAUCUUUGGAUUGUAUUCAAUGCUACUAAGUGUAGUUUGCAACUGUAUACGAACUGUCACAUUUUGUUUGAGUUGAAUGAGUGUAUCUUUAGUUGCCAGAUUUGAGUGGCUUCUUUGUUCUCCUAUCAACACAAGACAAUCGACAAAGCACAAACAAAAUAUCUUUAUAUUCAACUAAUAAAAUAAAUUAGAAUAAGCACAUACAUUUGAGUCAUUGUAUUGAAAUCGCACUAAAUAGAUUAGUUAAGCCAAACUAAUAAUAUAAGUGAAAUCAACUUAGUUAAUGAAAAAAUAAACCUCAUACAGACUGCUCACUUUCAUUUAAUAAACAAGGUCUAAGUUUAGGCCACUGCAGAUUGCCUACUAGUGCAAUGAUACAAGAAUCAUACGAAAUCCUGUUCAUACUAUGAGCAAGAAAAAGUAACUCUUUCAAUUAACAUUACAUGUAUGUCCAAGAAAGAAUUUGUUUACUGGAUAGUUUCCUUUACAUUUUAAAAUACUAUACUAAUAAUAAUGUGUAAUAUUACCUCUAUUUAUUAUAUUAUUUAUGCUUUGUAAUAUAUGUUAACUGGUUAUUAAUUUUGACUAGGGAAAGAUAAUUUAACUCUUUCUCUCCUAAGUGACGAUACCAACGUUGAUUCCACCAGAAUGUGGUAAAUAAUUAAGGAGAGAAAGAGUUAAAUUUUGAUUCGUAAUUUCAAUUUCUUAUGUGUGCUUAUGCAUUAUUAUGUUUGUUCACUUCUGACUCAAGACUAGGUGAUAUUUGUUUUUUUGUUUUCUUGCCAUAUUUACUCUCUAUGCAGAUUUUGUUUUUUGAUGGCUACAAACUUCUGAGAAUGUCACAGAAACAAAUAAAUUCAAGAGUUAUU